CCGCCUCGUCCGCCCGUGAACCUGCCGCUCACAGGAAACUUGAAGCUCCCUUUGCUACUGGGCCCCAGAUUGGGCACCGGCAGCUCCGGACUGAUUUUUGAGGCUCAAAUCGAUCCUGAUGGCACCAGCCCCUGCCUAUUGUCCACACUUCCCCCUCUUGCGGCCAAGGUGUCCUACCGCGGACGUCGUGCGGCUUCAGCUCACGAGGCCUAUUACUACGACACCUUACAGCCGCUCCAGGGGAUAUCGAUUGCUCGUUUCUACGGUCACUUCCUCGCGGAACUCCCCUCGGAUAUUUCUCUACUGUACUCGCCGGAAGGAUAUGAGGACGAUCCCGUAGACUCGGACAUCGAGGAAAUCGCUGAGACUUCCGAUUCAGUGUCGAUCCUAGUCAUGGAGCGCCUAGGGGACCUUCUGCCCGUCGGAGAACCUCUUUCCGACUCGCUAAAGCAAGACGCGUACGAUAUCUACGACGACCUGGCGCACAUGCACAUUUGGCCGAGGGACGUCAGGUACGCGAAUAUCCUGAGCGCACCUCCGUCUGUCCCGGGACUACCAAGUGUGAUUUGUCCCAUACAUAACCGCGCACACACCUGGCGCGUCGUCGACUUCGAACAUGCUGUGGAGACGAACGUCUCGCUCGAAGCUCACGCGAUGUGGGCUAAAGGCUAUCUUUUGAACAUACUAAUUUACCUCCCUCGUGGAUAUUGGAUCGACCCUGAGGAUUGUGGACUGUACAUAGACUUCACAUGA